AUGUUGUGCACCGCAUUGGGAAUUGUGCUCGGUGUGUUGGUCGCCCUGUAUGCCUUGUUUGAGCUGCACUACUUUCUGCGGAUGUGCCUUUGCGUUGUGUCGGCGCGCUUUCUUAAGAAGCGAAUGCACAUUCUGGACACGGGCACCGUUGUAGGACUAUGUCUAACGAAUGACAUCGACACACUGUUGUACCACAUGAACAAUGCGCGCUAUCUGCGUGAGAUAGACUUUGCGCGGGUGGAUUUCUACGAACGGACAUCUCUCUACCGGACCAUCCGUAGUAAAGGCGGGUCCGUUGUCCAGGGUGCCACCACGAUACGCUACCGACGGUUUAUUCGUCCCUUUACACGCUUCACGAUCAGCUCGAGGAUCGUGUACUGGGACAAUCAAUCCAUCUUCAUGGAGCAUCGGUUUCUCGGUGGAGCGGAUGGGUUCAUCCACUGUAUCGCACUGUGCCGUCAGCGCGUCAUGCAAUGCUCGGUCGAGGACGUGAUGGCAACGCUGCUGAAGAGUGGCCUUGUUGUGCAGUGCACACCGAAGAAGCUACCGGCCACCAACACCAGCUCGACCGAGUGCCUGGAGAAGGUGGAAACCGGUGCGGGCGUGGAUACGGCCAGCCUCUCCAAGCCCGAUCUGCCGCCCGAGGUGGCCAAAUGGCUCGAGUGGAACGAUAUCUCGAGCGCAAGCCUGCGUAGUGAAUGUUGA